ACCAUGGAGAGGCUGUUGCUGUGUGUGAUGCUGGCAGUUGCCAUGGCAGUGCGGGCACAGAUCUGCCCGAAGCGUUGCGUGUGUCAGAUCCUGUCACCCAACCUGGCAACCCUCUGCGCCAAGAAAGGUCUUCUGUUCGUCCCGCCCAACAUCGACAGGCACACGGUGGAGCUCCGGCUGGCCGACAACUUUAUCACAACUGUAAAGAGGAAAGAUUUUGCAAACAUGACGCGGCUCGUAGACCUAACAUUAUCCAGAAACACCAUCUCCUUCAUCACAUCUCACGCCUUUGCCGAUAUGGAGAACCUCAGGGCUUUACACCUUAACAGUAACCGGCUGACGAGGAUAGCCAAUGAUACGUUCAGCGGGAUGUCGAAGCUCCACCACCUGAUCCUGAACAACAACCAGCUGGUAGUUAUCCACCAUGAAGCGUUCAACGACCUGCUGGCACUGGAAGAGUUGGACCUGAGCUACAAUAACCUGGACUCUAUUCCUUGGGAGGCCAUCCAGAGAAUGAUUAGCCUCCAUACGUUGAGUUUAGACCACAACAUGUUGGACUACAUCCCAGAGGGAACAUUUUCCCUGCUACAGAAACUCAACCGGCUGGACGUCACCUCUAAUAAACUCCAAAAGCUGCCACCAGACCCACUUUUUCAACGAGCACAGGUUCUGGCAACAUCAGGGAUCAUGACUGCCACUUCUUUUGCGUUGUCAUUCGGGGGGAACCCUCUCCACUGUAACUGUGAGCUGCUGUGGCUGCGGAGGUUGAACCGAGAAGACGACCUGGAGACGUGCGCUUCACCUCAACAACUCUCUGGGCGCUACUUCUGGUCUGUCCCUGAGGAGGAGUUCCUCUGCGAACCUCCACUCAUCACAAGAUACUCCCACGAAAUGAGGGUGCUUGAAGGCCAGAGAGUUAAUCUCAGGUGUAAGGCCAGAGGUGACCCGGAGCCAGCCAUCCACUGGAUCUCUCCUGAGGGCAAACUGGUGUCAAACUCCUCCAGAACGUUGGUCUACAACAACGGGACUCUGGACAUCCUCAUCAGCACGGUGAAAGACACCGGCUCCUUCACCUGCAUCUCCUCCAACCCGGCCGGCGAAGCCCACCAAACAAUUGAGCUCAUUAUUAUAAAGCUCCCCCACAUCUCCAACAACACCAACAACAUACAGGAGCCCGACCCGGGAUCCUCAGACAUCUCCACGUCGACUCGAGGAGGGGCCAACGGGAGCAACGUGACGGGCGACGUGAAGGGCGGGGUGGACAAGAGGGUGGUGACAGCCGAGGCCACGUCAUCCACGGCGCUGAUCAAGUUCAACUUCCAGAGGAACAUUCCGGGAAUCAGGAUGUUCCAGAUACAGUACAAUGGGAGCCAAGAUGACUCGCUGGUUUACAGAAUGAUCCCCCCAUCCAGCAAGAACUUCCUGGUUAACAACCUGGCGGCGGGGACGCAGUACGACCUCUGCGUGCUGGCCAUCUAUGAUGACAUCAUCACCUCCCUGACGGCGACGCGCGUGGUGGGCUGCGUUCAGUUCUCCACCGAGUCGGAGUACAUGAGGUGUCAUUUCAUGCAGUCUCAGUUCCUCGGCGGCACCAUGAUCAUCAUCAUCGGAGGGAUAAUCGUAGCCUCGGUGCUCGUCUUCAUCAUCAUCCUGAUGAUACGCUACAAGGUGUGUAACCCCGGUGAGGGCGGUAAAGGCGUCUCCUUGUCGAUGACCAACGUUCACUCGCAGACUAACGGGCAGCAGUCUCAGGGAUGCACCAUCACCCCCAGCUCCUCCAAACACGGCUCCAUCGGGUUGGACGACCUCUCUGGAGGCUCAAAGAAAAGGGGGGCCAAGGAUACCAUAACUCAGUCGUCCGACUCCUCCCUGCCCGACUGCUCCACCGCAACAUCGGUCCUCAGCCAGUCCUGGGCGGCCAGGAGCCCGACAGCCGCAGCCGAGGACCAGGAGAAGGGGGGUGAGGAGAGGGCCAUGGGUGGGGUCUCGUCGCCCAACGGCACCACCGGCACCCUCCCCAAGCCGAAGCGUAAACCUGCUCCAGGAAAGCCGGGCGGUUCCAGCACCUCGGCCCUCCCUGAAAACCCACCAUCCCCCUCCCCUCGCCCUCCUCCCUCGGCAUACUCCACCCCCUCCUCCGUUCUCCUGCCCUCCACCCCUCUGGAGAACCUCAACACCAACCGCAACAACUCCACCUCGCUCAACCAAACCCCGCCUCCUUACGUCCCUUCGCCUUACCCCACCCUGCCGGCCAAACUGAGCCCCGUCCCCUCCAUCCGGUUCAGUGAGACCCCCAUCCUGCGCCGGGCCCCCCGUGGCGCCUCCGCCUCCAGCAAGUACCUGACUCUCCCUGCGGAGGAGCUGGGGAGGAGCAGAGCGAGGAGGAGGAACUCGCUCUGUGACGGAGGCUCAAAGACUCACCCCGCCCAUCAGGGAGCAGCAGGACCACCCAAAAUAGGGCGGAUAAUGCGGAACAAAAGGAGCCAAUCAAUGAGCGGGAUUCUACUCCCCAAAGACGGGGACGGAGAAUCGGACAAAGGGCGGUGCGACUCGGACUGGAUCCUAGAGAGCACCGUUUGAACUGGAGAGAGACAGCAACCAUUGAAAUAAACUUUGUUUUUCCAUUUUUUGUAUGUCUGAGGUUUGGGUCGUUGAGUGGGUUUGAAUUUGUUGAGAGGUGUUUGUUGUUG